GUGUCGUUUUCUGUCCCGUCGCGCGUUCGUUCGACGAUCCCCGUCGCCCCUUUUACGCCCUCGCGCGACGCCUCCUCGAUAUCGAUCGCCGCGCGCGCGCGACGAACAAUCUCGAUCACUUUCGCGUCGAACGUUCGCGAGCGGCGAGCGCGCGCGCGUCGCGAUCGCCCGCGCGGCGCGACGUGUGGGAUGAAUGCGCGUCCCACGCGCGUCCCACACGUCCCUCGUCCAGCCUGCGCCGUCGGACCUCGAUGCCGCGAUCGAUCGCGACCAAACUCGAUCGACGCGUCUCUCGAUGGACGAAAGUCGGUUCAUUCGAUCGAUCGAUCGAUCGAUCGAUCGAUCGAUCUACACACGCGUCUCUCGAUCGACGGAAGUGGGUUCAAUCAAUCGAUCGAUCGAUCUACACGUCUGUCGAUCGACGUCGAUCGAUGUUUCGUCGACGCGAGUAGGUUCAAUCGAUCGAUCGAUCUACGCGUGCGUCGAUCGACUUUCUAG